GCCACCAACAUGGCGGCUGCCUGACCGCUGCCCCGCCGCCACCGACACGGGGAGCGGGGGAGCGGCGCCGCCGCCGCCCGCCCGGCCCGCACACAGGUUGUGCCAAGGAAUAAGCCAAGAAAAAGCUUUGUUUUAUCCUAGCAUGGCAAAUGAAGAAGAUGAUCCAAUUAUACAAGAGAUUGACGUGUUCCUGGCCAGAAGUCUACUGGAGAAGCUCUAUCUAUUUCAGUAUCCCAUUCGCCCAGCUUCCAUGACCUACGAUGAUGUUACACAUUUGUCAGCGAAGAUAAAACCAAAGCAGCAAAAGGUUGAACUGGAAAUGGCCAUCGAUACUUUGAAUCCGAACUAUUGUCGCAGCAAGGGAGAGCAGAUUGCUCUCAAUGUGGAUGGCACCUGUACAGAUGAAACAAGCACCUAUUCCUCGAAGCUGAUGGACAAGCAAACUUUCUGCUCUUCCCAAGCUGCCAGUAACGUUUCCCGCUAUGCAGCUGCUGUUUAUAAAAAAGGUGAACUUCACUUGACUCCACUACAUGGAAUUCUUCAGCUGAGGCCAAGCUUCACCUACUUGGACAAGGCUGAUGCAAAACACCGAGAAAGAGAAGCUGCUAAUGAAGGUGGUGAUUCAUCCCAGGAUGAAGCUGAAGAUGAUGUUAAGCAAAUUACUGUCCGAUUCUCCCGCCCUGAGACCGAACAAGCUCGGCAGCGACGUGUUCAGUCCUAUGAGUUCCUGCAGAAGAGACAGGCAGAAGAGCACUGGGUUCACCUGCAUUAUUAUGGCUUGAGGGAUAGCCGUUCUGAGCACGAGCGCCAGUAUUUAUUUAGCCAAGGUCAUGGCCUUGCUGAAAACACAGAAUUAAUUAAAUCUCCCAGUGAAUAUUUAAUGAUGCUGAUGCCUCCAAGCAUAGAGGAAGAGAAUGAGAAACCAAUGGCUCCAAGCAAUGUGCUUUCUAUGGCCCAGCUGAGGACUUUACCCCUUGCUGAUCAGAUCAAGAUCCUGAUGAAGAAUGUGAAGGUGAUGCCGUUCGCCAACCUGCUGGGUCUGCUGGGCUCGGGCACCGACCCCACGGCCGUGCUGCGCUGCGUGCAGCAGGUGGCGCUGCUGGUCCAGGGAAACUGGGUGGUGAAGAGUGAUGUUCUCUACCCGAAAGAUACUUCUAGUCCUCAUAGUGGAGUUCCUGCAGAAGUGCUCUGUAGAGGGAGAGAUUUUGUUAUGUGGAAGUUCACCCAGGACCGCUGGGUGGUGAGAAAGGAAGUAGCAGCAGUUACAAAACUUUGCCCAGAAGAUGUGAAAGACUUCCUAGAGCACAUGUCUGUGGCAAGAAUAAACAAAGGUUGGGAGUUCAUGCUCCCUUACGAUGAAGAUUUUGUUAAGAAGCAUCCAGAUAUAGUUCAGAGGCAACAGAUGCUGUGGAUGGGCAUUCAGGCCAAAUUAGAAAAGGUCUAUAAUCUCUUAAAGGAGCACUUGACACCAAAGAAACAAGAGGCACAAUCAGCUCAUCCCUUGCUGGUUUCUGGGGAGCAAAGGGUCAACAUGGCUAAAGCAAAAGUCAAGCAGAACUUUGGGCAGCUGGAGAAGGAGUUCCAGAGGCAGAAGGCAGAGAUGAAAUCCAACGACAGCUCGGCCAAGCCGGAUGUUGCCAAUAUCCGCAUCAAGGAGGAGCCUGUGAGCGUGGAGGAGCCCAUGGACACCUCAGCCCACGAGGGCCUGAACAAUGGCCUGGUGAACGGCCUGCACCCAGCCCAGGGCCCCUUGGACCCUGUCAAUGGCCACCUGCCUGGGGGCUGCAUCGACAGGGUCGCCCAGGAACUGAAGGCCUUUGUGUCCUCCACGUUUAAGAAACAGUUUGUGCUCACCCUGAGUGAGCUGAAACGGUUAUUUAACCUCCACUUAGCCAGUCUGCCUCCAGGACAUACCUUGUUCAGUGGCAUUUCAGACAAAAUGUUACAGGACAUGGUGUUGGACACUGGCUGCAAACAGAUUUUGGUGCCUUUUCCUCCACAGACUGCUGCCUCACCAGAUGAACUAAAGGUCUAUGCACUUUGGGAAGCUGGUGACACUUAUGAUCAGCAUCGCCAAGUUUUGCUUGAAAUCUUUUCGAAGAACUACCGAGUGCGCAGGAAUGUCAUCCAGAGCCAGCUGAGUCAGGAGUGUGGGGAGGAUCUCAACAAGCAGGAGGUGGAUAGAGUGUUAAAGGACUGCUGCGUGAGCUACGGAGGAAUGUGGUAUCUUAAGGGCACGGUGCAGUCCUGACAGCGGGGCAGAGGUGUCGGGUGACCCCGGGGACACAGGAGGAGCCCCAGCGGGUGGCACAGGCGGAGCAGCGCCGUGGCCUCGGCAGCCAGGGCGGGAUCUGGGCUGCCCUGGGCCCGCGGGCAGCCCCUGCCAGCCCCAGACUCAGAGUUUGCAUGGCCUCCGAGGCGCAGAGCUGCCGCGAAGGCACCGUGGGACCCUGUCUGCAGCUUGAUUAAUCUGGGAUUUCUAAUGUAUUGCAAUUCUCCUUCUGUUUCGUUAUGACAAAAUAAAACCAUAUAGUGACACAGACAUGAUGGAAAAUCAUGGUCUAAAACUUUAUUUUGUAAGUAAUGCCAAUAAAUUAAAUUUGUUUACAAACAUCCCAGUUUUUGUUAAAUCCCUGGAUGCUCAUACUUUAGUGUGAGCAUUGUCAUAGCCCUUGCAGCCCUCUUCAUAGAGAGCAGGUAGUCGUGUUCAUGGGAAUGUCAGGCCUGGGAGGGGGGAACAAAAUCACUGUCUGUGAACUCUGUACUACAUAACCAUUGUUCUCACCUGUUGUCUGUGAAAUGAGUUCUUUGGAGAAGUACCUACAUCUGAGACAUGGGGAACAGCUACUGGAUUUCUUCUGCUGGUGUGGGGAUGGUUUGAGGGACCUUGUGCAUUACUGUAUGUGACAGAGCAAGGUAAGUAACCGAGAGCACCCUUUGGAAGGCAUCCAGCUCUAGUUACCACACAGCAACCAUGUAAAACCUCUAUUUUGUGUAAUUUUUAAAUAAAAUUUUAUCUCAAAGGUUAAUUCUA